AUGUGUAGCACUAAGUUUCUAAUAGGUCUAUCUCCGCUUUUCCUCUCCGAGUCAUCCAUUGAUACUCUACCCGACAAAUUUUUCCCAUAUCACAGUUCGGCAUACCAGUUGUUCCCACCACUCGAGAACAAUAUUCUUACUUUCCCUAAAUUCAAGCUUUUGCCUCCCGAGCUACAGACGAUGGUCUUCAGGGAGGCUGUUCCUGAUCGCAAUUCAAAAGUGGCUGAUUUUUACUUCGAAUUCCAUGAGCACUCUGACAAGUGUUUGCUUUCAAUUAACGAUGAGAUAUCACCUGCGAGCCAUUUACUGCCGCUUUUGAAUGCCUGCAAACUAUCACGAAAAGUGAUUCAUGGCCAGUUGAAGCACAUCAGAUUAUCGACACCAGAUCCGCGCGGUGAGAUACGAAGAUAUAAUGAGUAUGGUGAGAGAAUAGAUAUUCGUUAUUUCUGGGCCAAUGAUAGACGUCUCGUCCAAAGGUACAUCGAUCCUUUGAGAGACACACUGAUGGUCAAUAUGCCAGAUCUUGUAUUGCUGAAUCAUUACGGAAGAAGCAUAGAUUUCUCCAACGUUGAGCGCCUUGCAAUUACCUCAUUUCCGACUGAAUCCGAUUGGCUUAUCGAGAGUCUAGGGAGAAGAUUUCACGAAUUAGUGGACGGUCUUUUGCCAAGGUGUCCUGAUGUCAAAGUUCUUCAGAUAGUAUCGGAUUUUCCAGUUAACAAUUUUGCAAAGUGCUACCGCUCAGGCCAAAGGAGGGGGUAUCAUUUGAUCGAUUUUGACACAGAAAUGUGGUAUGACAACUAUUGGGACAAUUCUGGCUGCUUGAUUGGAAGAUCUCACAUGCAUCGCAUUCACGAUGUGCUUAGCAAUGCUAAGACAAAGGAAAUUGACUAUCUAAGUCAUCUAAAGGAUUUGCACAUGAAAUAUAAAGGGAAUUUUAACGCUGGAAGGAUAUAA